CGCCCCCGCGCACCGCCAGAGCCGCCCGGGGAAGCGGAGGAGCAGGAGCGUUUCCCCAGAGCCGCCCGCCGAGCCCCGGCCGCGACGGCGCGGCGCCCCCGGCCCAGCGCGGCGAUGCUGAGGGAGAAGGAAGAGGAGGACGAGGGGAGGCGGCCGCUCGCGGAGUAGAGGCGGGAGCGGGGCCGGGCACCUGCCCUGCUGGGCUGCCGCGGGGCGCCCCGACCCGACCCGACCCUUGGGUGGCCCCCGUGCCCGCAGGACGGAACGCCAGCCGCCCCGCGGAGGAGCGCGGGCGGGGGAAGGGGCAGCCCCGCCGCUGCCCGGGGCCAUGCGCUGAGCGCCGCCGCGCCCGUCCAUGGGGCGGCGCUGAGGGGCGGCGCGGCGGGAGGGCGCCGGGGGCAGGAUGAAGUCCCUGCUCUUCAGCCGCUUCCUCCUGCUGCUGCCCUGGGUACUCAUCGUCAUCAUCGUGCUGGACAUCGACAGCAGCCGGGCGCCGCUGCCCGCCCUGGCUCCCCGCGGCGGGGGCGGCAGCGGGGGCGGUAGCGGGGGGGCUCGGCCGGCGGCGGCGCGGGCGCCCCCCCAGCGGCGGCCCGAGGCGGCGCUGCCCACCAUCUAUGCCAUCACGCCCACCUACAGCCGCCCGGUGCAGAAGGCCGAGCUCACCCGCCUGGCCAACACGUUCCGGCAGGUGUCGCGGCUGCACUGGAUCCUGGUGGAGGACGCGGCGGCGCGCAGCGAGCUGGUGAGCCGCUUCGUGGCGGGCGCCGGCCUGCCCUGCACGCACCUGCACGUCCCCACGCCGCGCCGCUACAAGCGGCCGGGGCUGCCCCGCGCCACCGAGCAGCGCAACGCCGGCCUGGCCUGGCUGCGGCAGCGGCACCAGCACCUGCCGCCCCCCCAGCCCGGGGUGCUCUUCUUCGCCGACGACGACAACACCUACAGUCUGGAGCUCUUCCAGGAGAUGCGCACAACCCGCAAGGUGUCCGUGUGGCCCGUGGGGCUGGUCGGAGGACGACGGUACGAGCGCCCGGUCGUGGAAAACGGCAAAGUCGUGGGCUGGUACACAGGCUGGAGAGCUGACAGGCCCUUUGCCAUCGACAUGGCAGGAUUUGCUGUGAGUCUUCAGGUGAUUCUGUCACAUCCAAAAGCCGUAUUCAAGCGUCGUGGUUCUCAACCAGGAAUGCAAGAAUCUGAUUUUCUGAAACAGAUAACAACAGUGGAGGAACUGGAACCCAAAGCAAACAACUGCACGAAGGUUCUUGUUUGGCACACACGAACAGAAAAAGUAAAUCUAGCUAAUGAGCCAAAAUACCAUCUGGACACAGUCAAUAUUGAGGUAUGAUGUGGAGACACAGCUCCAGAGGAAGGACAGUACGAUGGAUGUGUCCAAAGGUGUUCAAGUUCAGGCAGUGAAAUAGUCUCCUUCUGCACCAGGCCUUUCCAUAGGCAUCUGCUGGACUUCUGUGGAAACAAAAGAAAGUUGUCAGACACUCUAAUAAGCAAAUCAAGUGGGUGUGCUUUGUUCUAACUUGUUUGCAUGCAUUUCUGACCUCCCGUUUUAAUAAACUGACACUUACCUUUGUUUUAAAGCUGUUUCCACAUAGUAAAAACAAUCAAGAGAAACAUGGCUGCAAUGGAGUAUCUUCAAAAAUCAUCAUUUAUGUAUAUACUUUUUGUAUUUAUCCAGCUUAAUGGUGUAUUUAUAAACUGCUUUUAAAUCAGGAACGGUUGGUCUAAAUAUUCGCAUAAAUGGAUCCUCCAAACUGAACAUGUUUUCCUUCAUUAAAAAUAGACUUCUUGAAGAAAUAGUGGUCAAAUAGGUCAUACAAUAAUGAAAUAAAAACCCACAGUCAUUCAUGGAUUUAUCCUUUUAAUAUAGGGAAAUAACAUUUCAUCAUUACGAGGCACCAUAAAAUGUAAACACAAUCACUGUCAUAAACCUGGAUAUCUCUGCAAGGAAAAAUAUAUCUGUUCGCACUGAGUUACCUGGUAUACAUAUUGUGCCACUCGUUUUCAGCAUUAAUACUGUGUACGUGCCUCGUGAGCCACAUUGGAUACUUUAUCACAGGAAACUCAAAUGGAUCAAAUGCUCAUUUUUAAAAGAAUAAACUAUUGAUUUGUAGAACUACA